AUGGACAGGCUCAUUGAUAGUCCCAUCUCUACUCCGUGUUCACGAUGGGAGCAGUACCGCAACUCGAGAACGAGCUGGGGUAUCAAUGUUCUCGGCUCGUUCCUCGUCGAGAUUCAGGCGACCGACGGCACUGUCGGCAUUGCCACGGGUUUUGGAGGUCCCCCGGCUUGCUGGCUUGUCCACCAACACUUCGAGCGUUUUCUCCUCGGCGCUGAUCCCCGCAACACCAACUUGUUGUUCGAGCAGAUGUACAGAGGCUCUAUGUUCUACGGCCGGAAGGGUCUCCCUCUAGCCGUCAUCUCCGUCAUCGACCUGGCCAUUUGGGACUUGCUCGGCAAGCUGAGGAACGAACCCGUAUACAGGCUGAUUGGUGGUGCCACCAAGGAGCGCCUGAACUUCUACUGCACCGGUCCCGAGCCUACAGCGGCCAAGGAAAUGGGCUUCUGGGGCGGCAAGGUUCCUCUUCCCUACUGUCCGGAGGACGGCCAUGUUGGUCUCAAAAAGAAUGUCGAGUUUCUGCGCAAGCACCGCGAGAGCGUCGGUCCCGACUUCCCUAUUAUGGUCGACUGCUACAUGAGUCUCAACGUGCCGUACACUAUCGAGAUCGUCAAGGCCUGCGAAGACCUCAACAUCAACUGGUGGGAGGAGUGUCUGUCGCCCGAUGACACGGAUGGGUUUGAACAGAUCAAACGUGCACACCCGACGAUCAAGUUCACAACGGGCGAGCACGAGUACUCCCGUUUUGGUUUCCGCAAGCUCAUCGAGGGCCGCAAUCUGGACAUCAUCCAGCCGGACGUCAUGUGGCUCGGUGGUCUCACGGAGCUGCUCAAGGUGUCCGCCAUGGCUUCUGCCUACGACAUCCCCGUCGUGCCGCACGCCAGUGGCCCGUACAGUUACCACUUUGUCAUUUCGCAGCCCAACACGCCCUUCCAGGAGUACCUCGCCAACUCGCCCGACGGUAAAAGCGUGCUCCCUGUCUUUGGCGACCUCUUCCUCGACGAGCCCAUCCCCACCAAGGGUUUUCUCACGACGGCGGACCUCGACAAACCAGGCUUCGGACUUACCCUCAACCCGGCGGUGAGGUCGAAGCUCAUCUCGGGCAAGUCGCUGCUCAAUGCUAGCCCCGUAAGCACCCCUGCCAUAAUGAAAUAA